GGACCUUGCAGCGGAGAGGGCGGGCCUUCACAGCAGGUGAUGACCCCCCAGGGCAGAGGGACGGUUGCCGCGGCAGCAGCAGGAGCCAGUAUCGCCGGAGCCCCGACACAGUAUCCACCUGGACGAGGAGCCCCGCCCCCGAUGGGCCGAGGAGCCCCGCCCCCAGGUAUGAUGGGCCCGCCCCCUGGCAUGAGGCCUCCGAUGGGCCCUCCAAUGGGGAUGCCCCCUGGUCGAGGAGCUCCAAUGGGAAUGCCCCCCCCUGGCAUGAGGCCGCCUCCUCCCGGCAUGAGAGGACCUCCCCCACCUGGGAUGAGACCGCCUCCCAGACCCUGAAGCCCCGCCCCCCCAGAGUCACCUGUUGUAUAGGUUUUUCUUUUUUUAAUGUUUUGUGUUUUUUAAAUAAAGUUCUUCAGGAUGGUUUGAAUUUCUGCCUGGCUAUCAGUUACUAUAUCAACCUGGAAGACGAAUAUGUACCUGUAUCACAUGACUCAGCAGGAGAGGACUCUUUAAAGUAGA